AUGCCCAAGUCAAAGCGUGCCAAAGUUGUUUCCCUAACAAAAGUUGCUAAAAAGACGAAGGAGCAGAAGGCAUCGUUGAUCAACGAGAUUCAAGAAAAUGCAGAUAAAUGGCGAUAUUGUUGGCUCUUUGAAGUCGGUACGAUGAGGAAUACUCAUCUCAAGACUGUACGAAGUCUAUGGAAAGACUCUGCCCGAAUAUUCUUUGGCCGUUGUGCAGUCGUGGCUAAAGCUCUUGGAUCUACUCCAGAGGAGGAAUACAAACCUGGUUUGUACAACAUUGCAAAACAACUGAAAGGCCAAGUCGGAAUUCUCUUCACAGACUCGCCUCCAGAAGAAGUGACAGAAUGGUUUGACGACUUCCAACAACCUGACUUUGCACGAAGCGGCAACAUCGCAUCGCAGGACGUCAUCCUUCCCGAAGGACCCGUCAUGCAAUGCCACUCGAACCCACCCGAACCGUUCCCACACAACGAAGAGCCCCAACUUCGAAAGCUUGGCUUACAUACUUCAAUGGUCAGGGGUGUUCCGACUCUCAACGCACCGCACCGUGUGUGUACGAAGGGAAAGGAGUUAACUGCUGAGCAGGCACAGUUGCUGAAGCUUAUUGGUGAGAAGAUGGUUGUGUUCCGGGUGCAUUUGAGAGCGAGGUGGGAUGCGAUGACUGGCAAAGUUGUACAGAUUGAGGGUAGUCCGGUUGAGAGAGGGGAUGGGGAGAAGAAAGACGAUGUCGAUGAGGAAGGCAUGAGCGACUAAAUUCUUUUUUUUUCCCUGAUGAGAUUGUGCGUGUUUCGUUGUUCAUUCAUUUCUGUGUUCGC